UGUUUCUAGGACUGGUCGCGCUCUUAGGGACAGCAGCGCUCGCGAACGAGCUGCCAGAAGAGCUCCAAGUUGUACCACUUAUGAAAGACAUCGACUGGAAAACCAAACUUUCGGGGCUCGUCAACCGUGACGAGCUUAUGAAGAAGCCCCGCGUGAUCUUUGGAUACCUCAGCGAAAAGGACUGGGCCUUCAUCGAGUUCCUGUGCUUCACGCACGCGUCGUGGCGCUAUGUGGUGUCCAUGGCUCAGCCCACUGGCUACCGCAUUGACCUGGUGGUGUUUGCUGAGAGCCGCUGGCUGCGAGAGAUGGGGUCCAUUUGCGAGGUGGUGGACCUGAACGAGGUGGCGAGAGGGGGCGGCGACGAAGAUGAUGAAGGGGAAGGAGGGGAAGGAGGAGGAGGAGGCAGCUACGCGCAGCUGCGGCGGCACGGCAAUGAGUCAACGUGCUUCGUGGUGCCGUACCCUCGCCCGCCGGAGGUGGUGUGGCAGAACUAUCCGUUUGUGGCAAGCUACCACUUCCUGGCGGACCAGCGGGCGGCCGACCUGAUCACACACAAUUACGGAUACGCCAUGAAGACAGACUUCGACUGCUUCAUCACCGCCACCCUGAUCCACCACUUCCCACUGCAAUUUGAGACCGGCCGCAUGCACUACACGCCGCUGCCCGGCACCUCGGAGCGGCUGCGGCGGGUGGCGCAGGACCUGGGGCUGCAGCACCGCGGCCGACACGACGUAGGGCCCACCUGGUACGGCGACGCGCACACGCUGGUGUCUCUGGCCCGCGCCUCGCUGCCCGUGGUGUACCACCUGCUGGAUGAGGAGUUUGAGGCCAACGCGGACGGCAGCUGGAGGCAGAACUGGGUGGCGGGAGAGGGCUGGCCUCUGUGGAGCAAGGACAUGGCAGUCAUGUACGCACCCGACAUUGUGCUGAACCAUCUGGUGGAGAAUUUCGACAUCUCAACCAAGUACGAUGUACACGGCGACACGGAGCGAUACACGUUCAGCCUCUACCACAUCCACUGUCAGCACGGAGAUGGCAACUUCUCCAAGUUCGAGUUCUUUAAGCACAAAUAUGACGACAGGGACGUCACCGGCGGCCUGGACUUCCACCUGGUCAAGGACUACGCCCUGUGGCUGGCCGUCAGCACCUGGCGACACGUGAUGGCCAUGCAGCAGGGGCAGCAGCAGGGGCAGCAGCAGGGGCAGCAGCAGGGUAGCUGGCGGUAGCUGGGGGCGUGGCGGUGGGUGGGGCCGUGGCAGUAGCGGCAGGCGCCAUGUGUGGCGGGGGCGCAGGGCGCGCAGUGAGGUGCAGCAGGUGCAGGAGGGAAGGGCUCUAGCAGUGCGUGCAGCAGCACCUUGGGCUCUAGCAGUGGCAGCAACCGGAGGUCAUGGGUUCACGGCAUUUGGGAGAUUGACAGAAGGCAGAGGUGGACCAGCAGGGAAAGGUAUGUCAGUCCCCGCCUAGAACAUGGUGAGAUGUCACACCCAGUCUCAAGAACUUGGAUUGGGGGCCUUGCGGCGCUGGCGGCAGUAGGGUGUGCUGCAUAGCGGCUGUGAUCCAGUGUUGACGUCAACAACGUAGCGGUGUGAACUGGACAGGAUUGGGGCGCAUAUUGCGUGCGCGUAUUGGCUGGCCCGGGUAUUUUGAAGGGACCUAGUCAUGGAACUGGGCGGCCGCAAAGUUUGAUCUGUGAUGGCGACGGAGGGGGGCUGGAUUGGCUUAUGGACUGAUGAGGGGGCUCGGUCAACCAGUCGCAAAUGGGCAGAUGGUGCCGGGCCGGGCUGGGGAUGGCCCAGCGCUGGCAUAACAGAAGGAGCUUGUCAGCCGCCUUCUUUCCGAGUGCCAGAUGCACUUCUACGUACCAUGACGUGCAUGCUAUGCAAGUGCACGCGCACGCUCACAUGAAAGCCUAGCGCACAAACGCCAGUACUCACGCAGACAACUCUUGCGCUGGCGAACGCAGGCGCGUUUUACCAGUCUCUGGAUUU